AUGAAGUUCUCCUGCCCUCUGAUCUGUGGGCUCAUUUUGUCCUGCAUUUGCUUCAGAGACUCAUAUGAGGAUGAGGAGCUGUCUGUGAAUCAGAGUCCAUCCAGCAUCACUGUGAAAGAGGGAGAUUCUGCUCAAAUCACCUGCUGCUGGAAUGGAAUCACACAUAAAGUUAAAGUUACUUGGUACAUCAAUGAGACAAAACUUUCCAAUGUAAAGCAGGAACUCUAUAAACAUAAAACACAGAACUGUUCAAUGCUCAACUUCACAAACAUACUUAAAAAUGCUUCGGGUCAUUAUGUUUGUAAAGUGACUCAAGACAUACCAGUCCUGAUUCAGGCGAAAGGUUCUGGAACAGAUCUAUAUCUCAAAGAUGAUCAACUAGAAACGACAACAACUGUAAAGCCAGAUGUACUUGAUAAUCCGAAGAGAAAUUCAGAAGAUGAGAACUAUAAUUAUUUGGAUCCUAAAGGUAGUUCGCGGGAGGUUGUGAUCAUUUAUAUUUUCAGAAGUCUGCCCUUCAUCUGUCUGUUGGUGGCGUUCUUUUACCUAAACAGGAACAACAAACAAGUCACAUCAUCAAGACCAGGUAAUGAGUUAGUAGAGUUGGGAGAAGGACUAGAUGAAGACCUGGAGGCCGGAGAGACACGGAGGAAUGAAACUGAAGAGGUGAAACAGGGUGAGAACGUUUCAGAACAGGAGAAAGGGAGGGUCAACAAUAAGAAUCCUGAAGUUACUUUUGCAACAGAAGAAGAAACAGAUGAAGAAAAACCGACUGCUGUAGUUGUGAGCAUUGAACAAGGUACAUCUCCAGUGCAUGACAACGAAAACAAGACCAUUUCUGUUCUGAACACUGAUGAAAAGACACAUCUAAUGACUGGUGUUGAAGAAGGGACUGUUUCUGUGCUGGGCGACUUAGUCUCAGCUCUGUGAGACGCAGG